GAAGCACUCAGCGGCCGAAAAUGGCGCCCAGCUCGAAAUCAGAAAAAGAUGAAAACAAACAGAAAACACAGAGGAAACGGAAAGAACACAUAGUGAAGCUUCUCAACCGUGGAAAGUUGUCAGGUCAGCUCUCGCAGCGUUUGUUCCGGAAGCUUCCUCCCCGCGUCUGCGUACCCCUCAAGAACAUCGUCAGCGAGGAGUUCCUGAGAGCUGGGCACAUUUUCCUGGGUUUCACCAAGUGCGGCCGCUAUGUGCUGUCCUACACUAGCGACUGUGGCGAGGACGACGACUUCUCCUUCUACACCUACCACCUGUACUGGUGGGAGUUCAACCUGCUCAGUCGCCUCAAACAGGUGCACCAUGUGCGAUUGUUUGCAGGUGAGGAUAUCUACAGUGACCUCUACCUGACCGUGUGUGAAUGGCCCAACGAUCAUUCCAAAAUAGUCAUCUUUGGCUUCAACACCCGCAGCUCCAGUUCGGUUCUGAUGAACCUGAUGAUGAGUGAUGAGAAUAACCGGGAUAUCUACAUCACCAUCGCCUCCAUGCCCCCCUCGAGGCCCUGUGCCCAGUGCUGCCCCCCACCGACCUCCACCAUACGCACAGGAGGCGGAGAGUGCCUGGAACACGGCUUUGUGCUCAACUCGCGCUAUCAGGUGGUGUACCCCUUCCCCACCUUCCAGCCGGCCUUCCAGCUGAAGAAGGACCAGGUGAUCCUGCUUAACACCAGCUACUCGCUGGUGGCGUGCGCUGUGUCUCUCUGCCCAGGCGAGGAGCAGGGGGAGUCUAGUCAGAUCCUGUACAGGAAGCGGGCGGCCCGAUCGGGCCCACCCCCCGCUGGCCCCCCCUCCUCCGCUCAGGGUUCACCUGACAGCAGGCCAGAUUCCACUAAGCAAUGCCCCUCCCCAGCCUCUCCUGACCAAUCGCAGGCCGCAGCCCGGGCCCGGGAAUUUGCAGCAGACAUCUUCAGAAGAGCCCAAGGGAGGGCGGCUGAUGCCGAGAGACCGGCCGAGGUGGGGAAAAGAAGUGGAGAGAGGGGGGGCGACACGGAGAGAGUAUCAGAGGCAGAGAACGGGAGCAGAGACAGAGGAGAGAGGGGCGGAGAGAGGGACUCCGAAAAGAAAGAGGGCACGGACUCGGACAGGCAGGGGGAUCGUGAGGCUGGAACUGAGAGCACGAGCCCUGGACCAUCGCGGGGGCCGGAGGACACCGUUCCCUGCGACACUGUGCUGUCACCGUCUUCUACCUCGUCGUCUUCCUGUCUGUCCCCUCGCUACCCCCAGGACCCUGUCUCCACAGAGCCUGGCUACGUGAACUACACUUGUCUGAAGUACUGCCUGCAGCAGCCAGGCGCCCCAGAGCAGGACAGCGACUAUGAGGAUGACAAAGUCCAGCUGCCGUUCAGUGUGACUGACCUGAAGGGCCGCAGCCUGCAGCUGGUUACAGGACAAAACCACGGCCAGUGCGUGUGCGUGGAGCAGCUGACUCUGGACUUUGAGUACGUGAUCAACGAGGUGAUUCGGAACGACGCUUCGUGGGCGCCGCAGUUCUGCUCCUUCAGUGACUACGACGUGGUCAUACUGGAGGUGUGUCCAGAGACAAACACAGUGGUGAUAAAUAUCGGGCUUCUGCUGCUGGCCUUCUCCAAAGCUGAGGAGGAGCACUGCAGGCCCAACACCUACCACUCCAGCGUGCAGGUGUGCUGGGACCUCAACACAGGGGUGUGUCGCACUGUGGGCAUCGAUGACCUCACCGAGGUGAAGGGCCAGACCAGCGGCAGCGUGUGGAGCUCGUACAGGAAGUCCUGCGUGAACACAGUGAUGAAGUGGCUGGUUCCAGAGAGCAGCUCCCGCUACAUCAACCGCAUGACCAACGAGGCCCUGCACAAAGGGUCAUCCCUAGAAGUGCUGGCUGACAGUGACCGAGGCACCUGGAUCGUGCUUCCCACAGACACCCUGCAGACCCCCCUCUCAGCUGGGCUCUGAACAAAAGCUGCUCCUGCCGCCUCC